CUGACUGACUAUCUCACGAUCACAAAUAUGUGCGCUUACACACACACUGAGGCACAUAUUACACCAUACACACACACACACACACUGAGGCACAUAUUACACCAUACACACACGCGCGCGCUUACAUCAUACACAUACACAUACGCACACGUGUCUUCGACCAAUAGUUUCGCAUGUGUAAGUGCGUGCGUAUGUAUAUGCCCGCCGUAUCGUUGUUGAUGCCAGCGUAAAGGGGUGUAGGCGUGCUUGUAGUAUAUUAGCGUGUACGUAUGUGUGUUUUGGUUCAUUAUAGUACACAAAAUGGCUACUGACAUGUUCUUGCCUGGUAGUAGUAUGAUACCAGCUACACUUGUGGAGCUUUCCGUUUCUUGCAGAAAACUGAUUGAUGCUGAUGUAUUUUCCAAGUCAGACCCUAUGUGUGUGCUGUUUACACAGGAUCCUGGAAGUAAGAAAUGGACUGAGUUUGGGCGGACAGAAAUAAUCUGGAAUAACUUAAAUCCAGAUUUUGUCAAGAAAUUCAUCAUCCAUUACUUCUUUGAGGAAUGCCAAAAAUUGAAGUUCGAAAUUUAUGAUGUGGAUUGCAAAAGUGCAAACUUGGAUAAACAUGACUUCCUUGGAAAAUUGGAAUGUACUCUUGCAGAAAUUAUGAUAGCAAAUCGAUAUGUGAAAAGAUUGCAAGACGACACUGACUCGAGUGAGGCCAAGAAAAACAAUCAACAAGGUGGUCCUAAACGUGACAGUGGCGUCAUUAUUGUUAAUGCGGAAGAAUUAUCUUCAUGUAAAGAAGAAGCCACAAUGCAAUUCUGUGCUCAUCAAUUGGAUAAAAAAGACUUUUUUGGGAAAUCCGAUCCAUUUCUCACAUUUUACCGAUGUAAUGAAGAUGGAAGUUACACUGUGGUACAUAGAACGGAAGUAAUAAAACGAACAUUGAAUCCUACUUGGCGACCCUUUACCAUCAGCAUAAGAUUAUUAUGUAACGGAGAUUACGACAGGCCUAUCAAAGUAGAAUGUUAUGACUGGGAUGCAGAUGGAGGUCAUGACUUAAUUGGAGUUUUCCUCACUUCAUUGAAGGAAUUGUCUAGAGGACGGGACAUUUCAAACGUCUAUGAGUGUAUAAAUCCCAAAAAGAAAGAAAAAAAGAAAAACUACAAAAACUCAGGAAUUGUAGAUUUAUUGAGCUUUUCCGUCGACAAAGUAUACACAUUUUUGGAUUAUAUUCGAGGAGGGACACAGAUUCACUGUACAUUUGCAAUCGACUUCACAGCAUCAAAUGGUAAUCCAACAAGCCCCAGUUCAUUACAUUAUAUCAGCCCUUACAAUCUUAACCCCUAUGCAACAUCUCUUCAUGCAGUGGGCAACAUCAUCCAGGAUUAUGACUCAGAUAAGUUAUUUCCAGCAUUGGGAUUUGGUGCCCGACUUCCUCCAACUGGAAUUGUAUCGCAUGAAUUUCCUCUGAGUGGUACAAUUGAAAACCCUUAUUGUGAAGGUAUCCAAGGUGUGAUAGAUGCUUACCAUCAUACUCUUCAUUCCGUACAACUUUAUGGCCCAACUAAUUUCGCUCCAUGUAUCAACUAUGUCGCUCGAUGUGCAUCUUUACAUCAAGAUGGCAAUGAUUAUUUCAUCCUCCUCAUUUUGACUGAUGGUAUUAUUACCGACAUGCCCCAGACAAUGGAAGCAGUUGUUAAUGCCUCAAAACUUCCUAUGUCUAUUAUUAUUAUUGGUAUUGGAGAUGCUGAUUUUGAAGCUAUGGAAAUCUUAGACGGAGAUGAAGUCAGAGUUUCAUCACGGGGCAGAUAUGCUGAAAGAGAUAUCGUUCAGUUUGUUCCAAUGAGGAAUUUCACAUUUAGUAAUCAAGGAGAUAAUUCCUUGACCAUACAAGCUCGUUUGGCUAAAGAAGUACUUGAAGAAAUACCAGAUCAGUUCUUGUCUUACAUGAAAAAACACAGCAUAAAACCAAAACCACCAUUAAUGAGACAGCCAACCAUUUCUUCCAUCACAUCUUUGCCUGCAUCCGAACAAUGAAGGGAAUAACAACUUGAAUCUCUUUCUACUAACAUUUUGAAAAAAAAAACCAUACAACAGCCUUCCCAUUUUCCGUCCACCUUGCAUCAUUUACUUGCAAUGGUGACACACUGAAUCUUUCAGUUCACUUCUAUGCUAAGCUAUAUCCAUAAUUGAAGAAAACAAAACAAAAACAAACCCUUUGAUAUAUAUAUAUAAAUAACAUGUACAUUUUCUUGUGCAGAAUAUCAGUGAAACUUUAAUUCACUGAAAAAUUAUGCAAAGAAUAUCAAAUAUCUGGAAAUUAUAUUGAUCUGCAGUGAAAAAAAAAACCUUUUAAAUAUUUUAAAUAUUA